AUGACACAUGUACCUGAAGAUCCAGAAAAAUUGAAGAAGAAAAAAAAGAAGAAAGAUGGUGAAAAUGACCAGACUGAAGAAGCGGUGGAUUUUUUUGAGGAUGAAACAACACCACCACCACCUGAUGGGGGAUGGGGUUGGGCUGUUGUCUUUGCUUCUUUUAUGAUUCAUGUUGUCACGGACGGAGUAACUUAUUCUUUUGGAGUAUUUUAUAUUGAAUUUCUCUAUUACUUCAAAGAAGGAAAGGGCGAAACAGCAUGGAUUGCAUCUAUACUUGUUGGAAUAACUUUAUGUUCCGGCCCGAUAUCGAGUGCUUUUGUCAACAAAUACGGUUGCCGAGCUGUAACAAUAGCAGGUGCAAUUCUUUCAAGCAUUUGCUUACUUCUAAGUGUAUGGGCACCAAAUGUCAUAACUCUUUACUUCACAAUAGGCAUAGGAACAGGACUAGGAUUCGGUUUAAUUUACCUUCCAGCGAUUGUCUGUGUAACAAUUUAUUUUGAAAAACUACGAUCUCUUGCUACGGGUAUAGCAGUAUGCGGUUCUGGAAUAGGAACACUAAUAUUUGCUCCAUUUAUUGAAUAUCUUAUUAGAGAAUUUGGAUGGAGAGGUGCAAUACCGCAUAGUACACAAAAUAUUAGUACAACAUAUCAUUUCAUUGCGGAUAAUAAUGAUAAUACAAAAUAUUUAAGAAAAAUAACAAUGAGUCAACCUGUUUUAACCAAAGGAAUUUCUCAUCAAGGAAAUUUCAAUCAUUCACACCAUGGUAGUGAGAUAAAUGCUAAAUCUCUCGGCAGUGGUAUGAUGAAUAAACGUGAUAUAUUUUAUCAAGGCAGCGUUGAAAAUAUUCGUAAGCGUUCUGCAUCUGUUGGACAUCAUGAGGUUCGUCCAACAAUACGUAAUUCUGUAAUGAGUUUACCAAAUGCAACAGGAUAUAAACCAAGUGAAACAACGGAAUGCGCUCCUUACAUGGAUAAAUCUUGUGGAAUUUUACAACAAAUGCUGGAAUUAUCAUUAUUGAAAGAUCCAGUGUUUCUUAUCUUCGUUAUAUCAAAUUUCUGCACAAGUAUAGGUUUCAAUAUUCCUUAUGUCUAUAUAAUCACCCAAGCUGAAUCACGAUCAAUCCCACGAGAUACUGCAAGUUAUUUACUGGCAAUAAUUGGUAUUGCCAAUACUGUCGGUCGUAUUGUUCUUGGCUAUGUCUCAGAUAAGCCAUGGAUUAAUCGUCUUUUAGUUUACAAUCUGUGCUUGACUAUUUGUGGUUUUGCGACAGUAUUAAGUAUCUACUGCAAUUCUUUUGUAUCAUUUGCAGUUUAUACUAGUGUUUUUGGAUUUACUGUUGGAGCAUAUGUAGGACUUACGUCUGUAAUUUUAGUUGAUUUAUUAGGUUUAGAACGCCUUACAAAUGCAUUCGGUUUAGUUUUAUUGUUUCAAGGAAUUGCAUCACUCUUAGGACCACCUAUAGCAGGGUGGCUUUAUGAUGCAUUAGGUUCUUAUGAUCCUGGAUUUUUUGUUGGUGGUGCUAUGAUUGCUAUUAGCGGUCUAAUAUUAUUUUUUAUACCUCCUAUGCAACGUUGUAUAAAAAACAAAGAAGAAAAAUUUGUAAUGAUUAGUGUCACAGCGUAG